CAAGGAAAGGUGAAGGUGAGGGAAAUAGGUCAAGCCCACUCCUGUGUAACUCAGGGUGGUUUUUUGUGCUUUUUAGGAUAUGAAAAGUGCUUUGACUUCAGAUGCAGAAAUGAAACCUGAACCAUCGGCUCCGUGUGUGAACCCUGGCAACCCUGUGUUUUCUUGUAUGUUGGACCCCAAGACACUGCACACAGCUACCUCACUGUCCAAACCCCAGAUGAUUAUGUACAAAACCAAUUCCAGCCAAUAUGGGGCAUUCUCGCCCAGGCCCCACUUUUUUCCCUGCAAGUAUACUCCACAGGAACAAGUUUUCUCAAAUCACAUCCGAGCAACUGGGUUUUAUCAAAAUAACAGCCUAAACAUUGCCCCUGACAGAAGCAGAACCAUCGACUUUCCUAAUUUUCAACACACUCUAUGAAACCACAUCCUCCUGGCAAUUGAAAAGAAAAUGUCUUUGAGAGUGCUA